AUGUCGCAGUAUCCCUCCACCGCUCCAGGUCAAAAGACCUUCAAGCUCAACACCGGUGCCGAAAUCCCAGUGAUCGGCUUGGGCACAUGGCAGUCGGCUCCGGGAGAGGUUGCCAAGGCGGUUGAGAGCGCCAUCAAGGCAGGCUACCGUCACAUUGAUGCUGCUUGGAUAUAUGGCAACGAGGAAGAGGUAGGCCAAGGCAUCAAGGCCUCUGGCGUUGCUCGCUCCGAGCUCUUUGUCACCACCAAGGUAUGGUGCACGUACCAUCGACAGCCCGAGGCGUGCCUGGAUGAAUCGCUCAAGAAGCUCGGGUUGGAGUACGUCGACCUGUUGCUAGUGCACUGGCCCGUGCCGCUCGAGAAGCGAGGCGACGAAAAGAUCCCGCUCAAUGAGGAUGGGUCGCGUGCCAUCGACCGGGAAUGGUCACCCGAGCAGACUUGGGAGCUCAUGGAGAAGCUGCCCGCCACUGGCAAGACCAAGGCGAUCGGCGUAUCGAACUGGAGCAUUCCUUACCUCGAGAAGCUGCUGGCCAACGCCAAGAUCGUGCCCGCUGCUAACCAAGUGGAGCUCCAUCCGUUCCUUCCACAGCAUGAGCUUGUCAAGUACUGCCUUGGCAAGGGUAUCAUGCCGCAAGCUUACUCGCCGCUUGGAUCUUCGGGUGGACCCGUCCUGCAGGACGAACUGGUUCAGUCAAUCGCCAAGGCCCACAGCGCCGACCCCGCGCAGGUGGUCAUCUCGUGGGCUGCGCAGAGGGGCGUUGUGGCGCUGCCAAAGAGCGUCACGCCCAGCCGCAUCGAGACCAACGGCAAGCUGAUCGUGCUUUCGGACGACGAGAUGCUGAAGCUCAACGAACUGCACAAGCAGGAAGGCAAGUCGAUCCGCCUCGUGAAGCCCAACUGGGGUGUGGACCUCGGAUGGUAG